GCCAGCCGAAAUAUCAGCAUCGGCUCUCGAUCUUUGAAUUCUGUUCGUUUCAGCCGUCGCUCCUCUGGUCACCCUGUUGAUGACAGCCAAUGGUGAACGGCUUAGCGCAGUCGCGAGGCGGCGUCUCUUGCGCGAUGCCCAGGCGGCAGCUCCAAUAUCUUCAAGUUCAGCACCACCAGCCCCAGCUCCGGCUCCAACAGCACCAGUCGAGGUUAAGUCAGCUCAACGGGUGACUAGAGCCCGAGCACAUCAGAUCAAGGGAAACGAUUCUUCAAAUGCUUCGGUCGACUCCUCAAAUCCAUUUUCAGCCUUAGUGACAGCGUCUGCGGUUAAAUUCAGCGCGACCAAAGAAGUGCAACAACUGAGUGAGACUUCUGCUAAGAUCAGAUUGUCUCGGGGGCAGAGAUGUGUCAUCCUCGGAAUAUGCAUCCUCUGGGUUAGGCAAGGCUCUGUCUCUGUUUAUGGCGCAACUAUUCAUGCUUCCACGGCCAUUUAUCGAAUCUAUGCUCCAAGCACACAUGCGCUCCCUGCCGUGGAAGCUUUGAGCUCCAAAGCAGAGUUUCAGCUUGAUUCUUAUGUCGAUGGUUUGGUUGAUCUCCCAUCACUUGGAAUCAGACACCUCUGGGCUACCCCCAAUGUCGAGCAAUCCAUGUCAUCCUUCUAUAUUCUUGGCCAUUCAUUUGACAAUGAAGCCAAGGGCCUCAAACGUCUCAGAGAGAUGAGUCUUGAGAAUUGGCACCCAAUUAUUUCGACUUUCCUGUCGUCCGAAAGUGUUCUGUCUUCCCAGCUCAAGGUUUUGUUCUGCGGUAGGCGAUCUUCAGGUAUAUCAACCCUGGCACGGUGCCUGCUCAAUGGAAUCCUGACGACCAAAAAACUGCCUGCCGGCCAGGCUGGACCGGAAGGAGUGUUAUUUAUUGACCUUGAUACCAAGUCACCGGAGUUUGGACCUCCCGGCACAAUCAAUCUUGCUCACGUUACCCAGCCCAUGCUAGGACCAUCAUUCACACAGAUUCUCAGCACCGCGGGGUCGUCGAGUCGAAUCCUGAGGAGCCAUUUUCUCGGCGACUCGCAAUAUACGGAUCUAUUCGAUUGGCACUGGGAUCGAAUUGUCGAUCUUUUCGAUCAGGUCAGCAAGUAUUGCACUCAGCACAGGGGUACCCCAGUUAUUAUCCUGGCACCAAAAUGGUGGCACAAUGUCGACCAGCAAAUGGCCAGCCAGUUAUGGUCGAAUAUGGCGCUGACGGAUAUUGUCUGCCUGGACACAAGUCCGACAUCGCCUUAUCUACAACCUUGGAAAUCAUUCGCAGAGGCUGCUCAGUGUCGGAUACAUCAAAUCCCGGCGCAAGUCUUUGAUAAGGUUCAUUCGUCAAGGGAACACGACCUCCAGAUGCAGUCCUACUUUCAUCUAGUUGACUGGUCGUUGGAACGGCCUUUAUGGAAUGAUAUGCCAAUCCUCGCAGGGACAUACCGGGAAACAAGGCUCACUUACGGCACGAGUGAUGCAGACGUAGGUGCCGUCAUCUUGCUAGGUGGCCAUGUCGCGCUCGAAGACACGUACGACGCCUUGGAAGGCAACCUUGUCGCUGUCGUAGCAGUGGAACGUCGAAGGAGCACAAGGCUGACGGUCACACAAGAAGACGCGGAAGACGAUACUGGUCCGAUGAUCCAAUUUACUGACGAAGGCCUACCCCGUGUCCAAAGUGGCAUGGACUCGCUUCUCCCGAUCUUGGGCGCGCAACAUUCUUUCUGCGUGGCCAUAGCCAUGGUAGCGAGGAUCGACAUUCCAACCCGACACAUCACUCUUGUCAAUGGUCAUGGCUUACAAGACAUCAAAGCACUGAUGCAGGGGUACCAAGUAGCGCUGGUACUGCAGAUGGCCACGUCGGAUGGCCGAUUCACAACGGACUGGUUGCGAAAGGAGCUGAAGACGGGCGCAGGACAGCCAUCCAACGCGGACAUGACGGUCUCGUAGAGCGUGCUACUAGACCAAAAGUAGUCCUCGGUCAACAGGAUGCAUGUCGCUUGUGGUGUGACUUUGCGGUGUUUGGUUUGGCGAAAGGACUGGCGUUGAGCUACGAGGCGAUAGCGAACGAGUUGGCGACAGGACACCUGAAUGGCGGUGUAGUAGAGCAGAAUGCAUACCUCAACCUCCAAAUGAGUACGACAAUACAAAAAGAUGCGGUGCGCUGCGUUCCGGGGAUAGAAGUGCCAGUCGCUGCCUGUCGGCUGGACUUUAACCAGGAUCUGGACGUGACAGACUCGGACGGGUUGACAUUCGGCGGUUCCUGAUUUGCUGCGGGCGCCGGCGACUGGAAGAGAGAAUAAUCGUGGUUACGUCCGAGCGCCCGGAACCGUCCAGUCUUAUCAACGCUUAUUGUUGCUAGUAUUACCGUGUUAACGGGUCUAGGGAGCCUGUAGCAGCGUCCCAAGCCCUUUUGGUCGG